CAGGGUCCCGUAGGAUGACCCCUGCUGCUGCUGGUGCUGCUGGCGGCGGCGGUGGUGGGGCCUCUGGCGGGGCCAGCAGCAGUGGCAUGCGGCCGCAGCAGCUGCCCCUCAACAGCUCGCUGUACGGCGGCACGUGGGAGGCUCUGUACGAGGACUCCUCCACGGGGCGGCAGUACACCCUGGAUGUGUCGUACGUCGUACUGUGUACGGGACUGUUCGCCACGCCCUUCAUUCCCUCCAUUCCGGGUCAGGAGCUGUACCGCGGCCUGCAGGUGCACUCGCGCGACUUCACUGACGCGGGGGUGGCGGCGGGCAAGCGGGUGUUGGUGGUGGGGGCGGGCAAGACGGCGGCGGACGUGGUGACGGAGCUGACGGCCACCUGCAGGGCGGCGGAGGUGACGCUGCUGUACAGGAGGCCCCACUGGCCGCUCCCCCGCUUCGUGGGCCCCGUGUCCCUCAAGUCGCUCGCCUACUGCCGCCUCACCUCGGCGGCACUGCUGCCCGCCUACUACAGCUGCGGACCCACGGGUCGCUGCGCCGCCGCCUGCCUGACCCCCCUGCGCAAGGCCUUCUGGGUGCGCUUCAUGUCGCGGGUGAACGCGGAGUUGAGGGUCAAGAAGACGUUGGGGGCGCCCGACCGGCCCAUUUGCCAGGACAUUUGGUACUCGGGCCAGGUGCUGGACGCCGCCAAGUGGCCCCGCGUGAUUCACAACCCCAAGGUCACCGCAAAGCAGGGCGAGGUGGCCUACUUCACGCCCGUGUCGGCGGUGCUGCGGGACGGCAGCGUGCUGCAGCCGGACGUGGUGCUGUACGCCACCGGCUACAGCAACCACUACACCUUCCUGCCCCCCGACCUGCGGGCCACCCUGGACGUGCAGCGGGACGGCCUCUACCUCUACCGCCACUGCCUGGCACCCGGGCUGUCCGGGCUGGCGUUCGUGGGGGCGGAGGUGACCACCUUCAACAACAUCCUCACCGCGGGGCUGCAGGCCGAGUGGCUGGCGGCGGCGCUGGCGGGUGCCGUACACCUGCCGCCGCCGCCCGCCAUGGCUGCUGACGUGGCGGCGCAGGUGGCGUGGCGGCGGCGCAUCAUGCCGCCGCACAAGCUGAGGGGCAGCAGCGUGAUGCUGUUCAUGCAGGCCUACCACGACCAGCUCCUCCGAGACAUGCGGCUGCCCCACCUGCGCAAGCGCCCCUCCUGGCGCCACCCGCUGGCCGAGUGCUUCGCGCCCUACACCGCACUCGACUACCGGGACGUAUUCGAGCAGCAGCACCUGCAGCACCACCAGCAGCACAAGCACCAGCACAAGCACCAGCAGCAGCACCAGCAGCAGCACCAGCCGCGGCCAACACCCC